UGUGGACUUCUGCUGUUUUUUUCCUAACUUUGGAAUAGUUUUUGUUUAUCUCUGGACACAGAGAUCGCAAAUUCUUUUUUCUUAAAUGGAAGGUUCCAUGAACAAGCGAGGAUACGAAUGCAGUCAAGAGGAUACUGACAAGCUGCCAGAAUCAAAGAGACAAAAAGUGCCUGCUUUAGCAAGUGUUAUUGUGGAAGCUGUCAAAGUAGAUAGUCUGCAGAGGCUUUGCUCGUCUUUGGAGCCGUUGUUUCGCAGAAUUGUGAGUGUUUACUGGGUAUGGUGUGGACAAACACACAGGUUAGCGAAGAAGUGGAACGAGCCUUAUCAAGGUUGGGAAACGCAAAGUUAACCUCGAGGUCACCAGAACCAAAGAGGAUCCAAGACCGCAAUGGAAGAAACCUGCAACUUCACUUUAGGACGCGAAUGCCUCCUCACUUAUUCACAGGCGGGAAAGUUGAGGGAGAGCGAGGCUCGGCAAUUCAUGUGGUUCUUAUAGAUGCAAACACAGGAAAUGUAGUUCAAACAGGAGAAGAAUCAGCUUCAAAGCUGAAUGUUGUAGUGUUAGAGGGUGACUUCAAUGAUGAAGACGAUGAAGACUGGACCAGAGAGCACUUUGAGAGCUUUGAAGUGAAAGAGCGAGAAGGGAAACGCCCCAUCUUAACUGGGGACACACAGAUAGUGCUUAAGGAAGGUGUGGGAACUCUUGGAGAACUUACUUUCACUGACAACUCGAGUUGGAUACGUAGCCGAAAGUUUAGGCUUGGUGUUAAGCCGGCUUCAGGGUAUGGUGAUAGCUUUUGCAUUCGUGAAGCCAAAACAGAACCUUUUGCUGUCAAAGAUCAUAGAGGAGAACUAUACAAGAAACAUUAUCCACCGGCUGUACACGAUGAAGUCUGGAGACUGGAUCGAAUAGCGAAAGACGGAGUGCUACACAAGAAGCUAUUGAAAGCUAAUAUUGUGACAGUCGAAGACUUCCUUCGACUCCUUGUUAAGGAUCCACAGAAGCUGAGAAAUUUGCUUGGGAGUGGAAUGUCGAAUAGAAUGUGGGAGAACACGGUGGAGCACGCAAAGACGUGCGUGUUGGGUGGGAAGCUUUAUGUGUUUUACACAGACCAAACUCACGCUACAGGCGUUGUCUUCAAUCAUAUAUAUGAAUUCCGAGGCCUAAUUACAAACGGACAGUUCCUAUCUCUAGAGUCUCUUAACCAUGACCAAAAGAUUUCUGCAGACAUUUUGGUGAAGCUGGCUUACGAGAACUGGCAUAAAGCUAUUGAGUAUGACGGUAAGCUGUUGAAUUGCUUACCAGUUGCCGAGAAGGAAAUAAAAAGCUUACUGGAACCAAAAAUGGUCUCAGCACAAACUGCUCCGAACCAUCAACAGCUGCAUAACCAGAACAAUAGGCAAACUGUGCAAGGUCAUCAGAAUGCGAUUACCUAUUCACCGGUCCCUCAACCAAUAGAUUAUCCUCAGUUUGCGCAGCAACAUUGCAACCAAUUAUUACCCUCAUUCCCUUGCAACGUACAAGACUACAACAGGUCGAUGGAAAGCUCCAAUGAUUCAAGCUCAUACAAUGGAGAAGAUUGGUGUCCACCAAGAGCUGCAGGACAAGGUCUUGAAGACAUUUUCAGCGAAGAAAUCAGACUAAGGAGUUCUGAAAUGCUUGAGACUGACGAUAUGCAGAGACUGUUGAAGACGUUUGGUAUCGGUGUGAACACUGUGGGAACACAAGGAGGGUUUGGUCAGACUGAUGAGUCUUGUUACGGUUAUAGCAUCCCGUACCAAGCUCAGAUCGAUAACACGUACCGAAGAGAACGUAAUAGAGGCUCGGGGAAAGCUGUUGUUGGAUGGCUAAAGCUUAAAGCUGCUUUGAGAUGGGGUAUCUUUAUACGCAAGAAAGCUGCAGAGAGAAGGCCUCAGAUUGUGGAGAUCGAUUGACAAAAAGGGAUAGAGAGCUUCUUGAGGUUUUAAUCCGUUGAAGAUUUUUCGUUUUCGUUAAAGCUUGAAGACAGUUUCUGUGUGUUCAUCUUUUGGAUGAAUAAUCUAAGAGUAGAGAGUGGACUUUGCUUUGUAUUACAUGUAACGCUUUUUAUGUUUCUCUCUUAUAUUUCGUGUCAAUUUUUUACGUUUGUGUCGUUUUCAUGUUAAUUAUGUUAGCAAUCUAUAUCUUUCUCUAAGUUUUUAUAUUGGAAUAAGUGAACACUAUGACAUUAACUU